CACUUCAUGUGUCCAUAGUCAGCGCCGGCGGUUGUGCAUUAUCACACUUCAUCAUCCCACUGGGACUCUAAAGAAUGCUGAUGGGAGAACUAUUUUCCUGCUUCUCAAAUUGUUGAGCUGGUUGCCAUGAUGGAUGAUCAGCAAGCUUUGAACUCGAUCAUGCAAGAUUUGGCUGUCCUUCAUAAUAAGGCUAGUCGACCAGCAUUAUCAUUACAGGAAACCAGAAAAGGAAAAUCUUCAUCACCAAAAAAACAGAAUGAUGUCCGAGUCAAAUUUGAACAUAGAGGAGAAAAAAGAAUCCUUCAGUUCCCCAGACCAGUUAAACUGGAAGAUCUGAGGUCUAAAGCUAAAGUUGCCUUUGGACAGUCUAUGGAUCUACACUAUACCAAUAAUGAGUUGGUAAUCCCAUUAACUACCCAAGAUGACUUGGACAAAGCUGUGGAACUACUGGAUCGUAGUGUUCAUAUGAAGAGCCUCAAGAUAUUACUUGUAUUAAAUGGAGGUACACAGGCUGGUAAUUUAGAACCGUUGCCAUCACUAGAUGAUUUGGACAAUACAGUAUUUGGAGCAGAGAGGAAAAAACGGCUUUCUGUAAUAGGUCCCAGUAGUAGAGAUAGAAGUUCCCCUCCCCCAGGAUACAUUCCAGAUGAAUUACACCAGGUGGCCCGGAAUGGGUCAUUUACCAGUAUCAACAGUGAAGGAGAAUUCAUUCCAGAGAGCAUGGACCAAAUGCUGGAUCCAUUAUCUUUAAGCAGCCCUGAAAAUUCUGGCUCAGGAAGUUGUCCAUCACUUGAUAGUCCUUUGGAUGGAGAGAGCUAUCCAAAAUCACGAAUGCCUAGGGCACAGAGUUACCCAGAUAAUCAUCAGGAAUUUUCAGCAGACUAUGAUAACCCUAUCUUUGAGAAAUUUGGAAAAGGAGGAACAUAUCCAAGAAGAUAUCAUGUGUCAUAUCAUCAUCAAGAAUAUAAUGAUGGUCGUAAAACCUUCCCAAGGGCUAGACGGACUCAAGGGACCAGCUUCCGGUCUCCUGUGAGUUUCAGUCCUACUGAUCAUUCCUUAAGCACUAGUAGUGGAAGCAGUAUCUUUACCCCAGAGUAUGAUGAUAGUCGAAUAAGAAGAAGAGGAAGUGACAUAGACAAUCCUACUUUGACUGUAAUGGACAUCAGCCCACCUAGCCGUUCACCUCGAGCUCCAACCAACUGGAGAUUGGGCAAACUGCUUGGCCAAGGAGCCUUUGGCAGGGUCUACCUCUGUUAUGAUGUCGAUACAGGAAGAGAGUUGGCUGUUAAGCAAGUUCAGUUUGACCCUGAUAGCCCUGAGACAAGCAAGGAAGUAAACGCACUUGAAUGUGAAAUUCAGCUGUUGAAAAACUUGCUGCAUGAACGAAUUGUUCAGUAUUAUGGCUGUUUGAGGGAUCCCCAAGAGAAAACACUUUCCAUAUUUAUGGAGUAUAUGCCAGGGGGCUCAAUUAAGGACCAAUUAAAAGCAUAUGGAGCUCUUACUGAGAAUGUGACUAGGAAAUACACUCGUCAGAUUCUGGAGGGUGUUCAUUAUUUGCACAGUAAUAUGAUUGUCCAUAGAGAUAUCAAAGGCGCAAAUAUCCUGCGAGAUUCAACAGGCAACGUCAAACUAGGAGAUUUUGGGGCCAGCAAACGGCUUCAGACUAUCUGUCUCUCAGGGACAGGAAUGAAGUCCGUUACAGGCACACCAUACUGGAUGAGCCCUGAAGUAAUCAGUGGAGAAGGCUAUGGCAGAAAAGCAGAUAUCUGGAGUGUAGCCUGUACUGUGGUAGAAAUGCUAACUGAAAAGCCACCUUGGGCUGAAUUCGAAGCAAUGGCUGCCAUCUUUAAAAUCGCCACUCAGCCAACAAACCCGAAGCUGCCACCUCAUGUCUCAGACUAUACUCGAGACUUCCUCAAAAGGAUUUUUGUAGAGGCCAAACUGAGACCUUCAGCUGAGGAACUCCUAAGGCACAUGUUUGUGCAUUAUCACUAGCAGCCAAUAACCUCUCCUGUGCCUCCACCCAGCUCCCAUCUGUUUAUUACCUUCUCUCUGACUGCACUUUUGUUGUUUAUAAAAAGAGAGAUGGGGGAGAAAAAAAGACAAGAGGGAAAGUGUUUCUCUUGAUUCUUGGUUAAAUUUGUUUAAUAAUAAUAGUAACUAAAUUUUUUAUAUUUAAUCUUUUUUUUUCCUUACAAGAACUUGAAACUUUUUUUUAAAUUUUUUUUUUUAUAAUGUACUGAUGUGGUUCAGAGAGAUAAAGCACUUUAGUACAUAGUCACUCUUUUUAGUACAAAAAAAUCAUUUGGAAUACCUAAAGAUUGUAGUCUUUCCCUUUAUCACUGACAUAAUGGUGGUGAUGGGGAGACAUGGAAAAUAAGGAGAAGAAUAUGAUGUAUAAUUGGUAGUUUUUAGUGAUAGUAUUUAAAAUAGAUCCUCAUUUGUGGGGUUGAGCCCUAAACUUGAGUUUAGGGUAGGUACUCAACUUAAAGAAAUAUAGAUUCCUUCUUAUAUCUAUAUUCUUUAGAUCCUAACCUCUGUCAACCAAGUUUUUUGCUCAGUAGUAAUCUUGAUAGAAGAUAUGAGUCUCUUAAGAGGUAUGUUUGUUAAUUCUAACCAGUAUAGUAAACAAAUACACUAUAGUAGGUCCAUGAUACUGGAAUCUAUAAACCUUGAGGGAUAACUUUGUGCUUAAAAAUUUUUUUUAUUUUAAAGCAGAUACAGGAAGUCAAUGAGCCUACUCAAGUAAAAGAAGGAGAUUGCUAUUGUCUCUCAUUAAACAUAAGAGCAGUAAAGGAGACCAUGUUGACCAAUAAUCAGAAAUCAUGAUAAAAAGCAGUAAAUGUUGCUUAGUAUAUUUUAAACUAUGUUCUUUACUUGAGGGAGAAAGCCCCAAAAUUAAGGAAAUGGAGAAAUAAUGAAAAUCAUGUGUAUUAUGUUCCUAUUUCCAGCUUCUGGUUCCCCAUAGAUAAUAUUCUUUAGGAACUAAGAGUUCAGCCCAGAGUAUCCAUUGUUAAAGCUAGUGUCAUGAGAUAAAACCCUUGUUCUUGGGAUCACAGAAUACUAAAGCACCUCAAAAAUAUAUGUAAAAACAAUGGUUGUCAACAGUGGAGCAGGGUUCAUUUCACUUGGCAUUUGGCAGUGCCUAGAGACAGUGUGAGUUGUCACAACUGGGAGGAUACUACUGGCAUCCAGUGGGUAGAGACCAGGGAUGCUGUUGAAUAGUCUACAGUACACAAGGACAGUACCUCCCUUUUCCCAGAAUUUCUUGCCCAGAUGUCAAAAAUGCCAAGGCUGAGAAACCCUGAUGUAAAGAUCAGUUCUAGUUACAAACUGAAAACAGCCAUUUACAAAGCAGUAAAUACAAAAAAAGUAAAUUUCAAAGAGAAAAUGGCGUAAUGUAAAUGAGGGUUUUAUGAGCAGAUACUGCUACUUUUAAUAAAGAGUGAAUGAUCUCAAUAAACAAUAGAUAACAAUAACUUCCUUACCAGCUGUAUAUCGUACUCAAGUCAGCAAUUCUUCCACUUUAGAAACGUGAUGAAUUUGAUGAAUUUGAAUAUCAAGCCUUUUGAACUCAGCUGUCUGUAUAUGUUCUUUCCUUAAAAGUUAAUUUGUAAUCGUGGGUAAAGAAAAGAUACUAAAACAAAGUGUUAACUAUAAUACAGGGAGGUUUAAAAAACUGCCAGAUAUUUUUAGUAUAAUGUAUCCACUGAGAACAAACUGAAAGGUGCAGCUGGAAAGGUCCUACUAUCUCUAGUGGGAUUGUCUAUUGAAAAACAUGAAACUAUCAGUAGUUGGACCACUGGCAGUUUUUCAGCAUAUUAAAGUAAGUGCUGAGUACUUUAUUUUAAAGGUCUAGAAAGUAGUAAGUCUUCCUGGUGGCUCUGAAUACAAAGCCUUUCAUGGGAUUUAUAAGGGACACAGGUAUUCUUUUUUUCUGCCAAAAGAUAUGCUCAUUUAGGGCCUCUUCCAAAAUAAUUUGUUUCUGAAGUUAGUUAAAUCUUGGUUUACUGUGUCAAAGUCCUACCCUGUAAGAGUUUUUGAAAUCCCCCCAGCCAGUCUGAGAAGUCAAAGCACAAAAUUGCCAGUGCUUCUCCCAUACCCUUCAAAUAAAAGGAAGCAGCUUGCAAGGAAAAACAAUUAGGUGCCCCCUGCUCCUACCCCCAAUCCUGGUUAAUAAACUGCCAACUCUUGUGCUGGA